UCAGAGUAGGUGCUCCAGGCACAGCCACCAGGCGAGAGGCUGCUUCCUUCGCUCAGUCACUCAGAGGCAAGUGAAGGAGGGCAGACCUCUGCCUUGCACCGGGCGGGAGGAUUUCCUUGCAGACCUCCAACCCAGGAGGGGAAAGGAAGCAGAAAGCUCCUGGAACUUGAUUUCAUUCAGCUUAAAGGAUGGGCAGAGUCCAGAGUCCAGGAGGCCCCAGCUGGAGCGGAGCUGGGGCUCUGCUGGCCUUGGCGGCCGGACUCUUUGCUUGCAGUCAUGCAAAUGAAUACGACUAUGUGAGUUUCCAGUCCGACAUAGGCUCUUACCAAAGUGGGCGAUUUUACACCAAACCCCCGCAGUGCGUGGCCAUCCCAGCGGACCUGCGCCUCUGCCACAGCGUGGGCUAUGACAAGAUGGUCCUGCCUAACCUGCUGGACCACGAGACCAUGGCCGAGGUGAAGCAGCAGGCCAGCAGCUGGGUGCCCUUGCUCAACAAGAACUGCCACAUUGGCACCCAGGUCUUUCUCUGCUCCCUGUUUGCCCCCGUGUGCCUGGACCGGCCCAUCUAUCCCUGCCGCUGGCUCUGCGAGGCCGUGCGUGACUCCUGCGAGCCCGUCAUGCAGUUCUUUGGCUUCUACUGGCCAGAAAUGCUCAAGUGCGACCAGUUCCCCCAGGACGAUGUCUGCAUUGCGAUGACCACUCCCAACGCCACAGAGGCUUCCAAGCCCCAAGGAACGGCUGUGUGUCCCCCCUGCGACAAUGAGAUGAAGUCAGACGCCAUCAUUGAACACCUGUGUGCCAGUGAAUUCGCUUUCAAGAUGAAAAUAAAGGAAGUGAAAAAGGAGAACGGGGACAAAAAGAUUGUUCCAAAGAAGAAGAAGCCCUUGAAAUUGGGAACAAUCAAGAGAAAAGACCUCAAGAAGCUAGUACUGUAUCUAAAGAAUGGAGCAGACUGCCCUUGCCACCAGCUGGACAACCUCAGCAACCACUUCCUGAUCAUGGGCCGCAAAGUGAAGACCCAGUACCUGCUGAUGGCCAUUCACAAGUGGGAUAAGAAAAACAAAGAGUUCAAAAAGUUCAUGAAGAAAAUGAAGACUCUGGAGUGUCCAACAUUUCAGUCGCUCUUCAAAUGAUCAAGUGGCUAGAAGGACUCCUGCUGGCCCAGAACUUGCACAGCCCUAGGACUCGGGGUUCAAAUGUUGCUCCUUCUGUAGUAGUGGAUGUUGUACCUGAGUCAGUUUUGUUUCUUUGUAUUUUUUUUUUGAGUUUCUUUUAAAGCUCCACCCCCAGUAUCAGUAUUUCCCUGUAAGCGAAUGUUUGAAAGUGCAACACAUUCAUACAGAACAGUCACUGAGGUCACAAACUAAUUACACCUGCAAUGUCGGAAGCAACCUGUUACUGUAAUGAUAUGCAAAUCUAUUUAAAUAAGGAAGUUGUCAGAUAAAAAGAGCGAAGGCGGGGGGUGAUACUAGAUAAUCCUAUUGAAUUGGUCUAAAGUGAAAUAAUUCUGGGUAAAUUGAUUUUUCUUUAGCUCAGGGGUGUUUAUUCCCUACAUGGGAUGUUUUCCGCAAUUCUUACUGCAGGCCAAUUUCGUGAAGUACUAUCUGUGGGGAAAGGCCUUUUAAAGCUAAUGGGGUGGUGGAAUUAGGACAUGAAUGCUGCAGAAAUCCCACUUUGUAAUCUUAGACCAGUAUUUGCAGUGUCAUCUUUGAUGCAAAACUAAUUCUAGAUAAAGAACUUUAUCAUUAGUUGCUUUUUGAAUUCUGCAGACUUGAAUACCAUAGAUUGGUGAGGACAUAGGGGAAGCAGGUGACAAACCUGGAGCCAUCAGGAGGUGGAUCAUUGAGGAAAACACAGGCUCAGUCGGGACUAUAAGCCAUAGAGUUUAUAGCCAUAGAGGUUAUUUUAAAACAACAUACACUUAAACUGUCUGCAAAGCACUGUGGGACAUGGGGGGAAAGCCUGCCAAGUCCACACAAGGAUUAUUUCCAUUGGCAGAGCAGCAGGGACAGAAACGAGAUUAGUUUUGCAUCAGAGAAGGGGAGAUGCUGAAGGGUUUUUAAUGAUAUGGGAAUUUUCAUGCUGGUCCCUCUGGUUUUAUUGGCCUUCUCUCAUCACUGCCUCAGCCAUAGGAAUGUACCUUAUGCCUCUUGAUGGGCAAAAAGCUGAUUGUUUUAAACAAAAUUCAGAUAGUUCAGCGGUAACCAUUAGCUCAAAUAGAAACUCAAUUCAUGUAGAUUUGAACUCACACUCGCCCCCCCCGGCACUUCUCAGAAUUAGACUGAUUUCUACAAAGUGGAUCUUGAGCCAAAAAGUCCAAGUUCAGAGACAAUUGGGGCCACAGAACUGAGCAGUACGUCACUUUUUUCAGUGUUCUAGCAUAGUGCAUGAAACAAAAUAUCUGAUCCUUUAAAAUUUUUAGCAGUUUCAAUUAGUUUCCUACACAAAUCCUGUAAGGUAGCCAGUUUAGAAGGAUAAUGCGUUCUUUGCAUUUCUUUCUACCUCUGUAACUAUUGUGUACAGGAUGUUAAUUACCUGGUAAAAGUCAGGUCAGUUACACAGUAAGGACCAGCUCUAGCAGACAUUGGUGCCAUUUUGCAGGACCAGGGCCUAAAGAAGUAUCUGAUUCCAGAACAUUGUUGGUUGGCAUAAGGUAGGGGUUCUGAAGUCAGUCAGACUGUGGGUACGUCUACUCUACGGGACUAUUCCGAAUUUGCAUAAACCGGUUUUGUAAAACAGAUUGUAUAAAAUCGAGUGCGCGCGGCCACACUAAACACAUUAAAUCGGUGGUGUGCG